GCGUGCGUGCGCGGGCCCGCCCGCACGCUCUGCAGCAGUGAAUUGGCUGCUGAUUCACCGCAGCGCUGCCUCUCAGCGGCGUCACUCUAUUUAAAUUCACUCAGCCGUCGCUGUCGGCAUCUUCAGCUCCCGUCCGAGAAGUUUGCUUUUAGCCCGAACAAAACAAAAAAACGCCGGAUAAGGUGUUGUUUCACUCCCAGGCUUUAUAUUUUCUCCCUCAGUAUGACUGCAGAGAUGCGGCGUAGCAGCACAGUGGCGGUCCCGAUCAAGAACAUUGAGAGGGAGCUGAUCUGCCCGAUCUGUAAGGAGCUCUUCACGCAUCCGCUGAUCCUGCCCUGCCAGCACAGCGUCUGCCACAAGUGUGUCAGAGAGCUGCUGAUGCUCAACCAUGAGGACUCUUUUGACGCCGGCUCCGAGUGCUCGCUGCCGGGCAGCCCCAGGUCCAGGGUGCCCUCCCCUUCCAUGGAGAGGCUGGACAGGCUUGUGAGAUCAGGUGGGUCUCGGGGCUCCAUCUCGUCCCCGGGGUGGCGCAGAGGUUCUGUGACUCCCCGGGUCACCACCAUCCCAUGCCCAGGCUGCCAGCAUGACAUUGACCUUGGCGAGCGCGGCAUCAGCAUGCUGUUCCGCAACUUCACCCUGGAGAGCAUCGUGGAGCGCUACCGGCAGGCGGCCCGGGCAGCCAUCGCCAUCAUGUGUAACAUCUGUAAGCCUCCUCAGCAGCAGGAGGCUACAAAGAGCUGCAUGGACUGCAAGGCCAGCUACUGUAAUGAGUGCUUCAAGAUGCACCACCCCUGGGGCACGCCCAAAGCUCAGCAUGAGUAUGUUGGUCCCACCACCAAUUUUAGGCCCAAGGUGCUCAUGUGUCCAGAGCAUGAGAUGGAGAAGGUGAACAUGUACUGUGAGGUGUGCAAACGACCCGUGUGUCACCUCUGCAAACUGGGAGGAUCCCACGCCAACCACAAAGUCACCUCCAUGAGCAGUGCCUACAAGAUCCUCAAGGAGAAGCUGGCCAAGAGUAUCCAUUACCUCAUCAGCAAAGAGGACCAGGUCAGGGCUCAGAUUACUGAUCUGGAGCAGCUCAUCAAUCAGACUGAGGAAAAUGGUCAGCUGGCCGAGCGUAGAGCCAACGAGCACUUUGAGCGUCUGUUUGAGACUCUGCAGGAGAGGAAGUCGGAGAUGCUGAGGUCAAUCGAACAGUCUCGAAACAGACGUCUGGACCAACUCAAGGCUCAGGUGGAGGAGUACCAGGGCAUGCUGGAGAACAGCGGUCUUGUGGGCUACGCUCAGGAGGUGCUGAAAGAGACCGAUCAGUCCUGCUUUGUACAGACUGCAAAGCAGCUACACACCAGGAUCCAGAGGGCCACAGAGUCUCUGAGGACGUUCCACCCUGCGUCUGACCCCUGCUUUGACGAGUUUGUGUUGGACACAUCCAGAGAAGAAACUCUGCUCAAAGAGAUGUGCUUUGGUGGAGUUCCAGACCCUCCUCUGAUUGACUUGUCCAACAGCAGAGUCUAUAACGAGGCCUCAAUCUGCUGGAGACUCUCUGAUGACCAUCUACCUACAGAUCACCACAUACUUGAAUACCGCAGACUCGGAGGCCCGGGCCAGUCCCCGUCCCAGGAGGACGGUGAGGACAGUGGUGUCUGGAGGGCUACAGACCGGGUGUACGGUCCCAGCACUGUGGUGUGUGACCUGGACCCUGACAGCCUGUACUCCUUCAGGGUCCGAAGCUGCAGGAACUCCAUGUUCAGCCCCCACAGCCCUGAGGUCACCUUCCACACCCCUCCUGCACCGGCUUUUGGUUUCCUGUUUAGCGAAAAGUGUGGCUUCAGUGCAGACCGUCUCAUUCUAAAUAAGCGACGGGACACUGUGGAGAGCGUAGCAAGCAUGGCCUUCCUCCUCGCAGCAGAGCGCGUGCAGACAGGCAGCUACAUCGCACUGGACUACAUCAUUGGGGACACGGGCAUCUCUCAGGGAAGACACUAUUGGGCCUUCAAGGUGGAACCAUACUCUUACAUGGUUAAAGUUGGAGUUGCCUCUGAUUCAAAGCUGCUUGAAUGGUUUCACAGCCCGAGAGAUACCAGCAGCCCGAGAUACGACCACGACAGUGGGCAUGACAGCGGCAGUGAAGACGCAUGCUAUGAGCUUUCCCAGCCCUUCACCCUCCUCACCCUGGGCAUGGGAAAAGUCUUCAUCCCCAAGGCUGCUUCAUCCUCCUCCGUCUCUUCAGCAAACGCAUCAUCCGCUGACCCCGGCAACCGUGUGCUUCCCAUGCCUCAGCGCUUGGGUGUAUGUCUCGAUUACGACGCGUGCCGGGUGUAUUUCUACGAUGCAGACACCAUGAGGUGCCUUUAUGAGAGGCAGGUGGAUUGUUCGGGAACUAUGUAUCCAGCUUUUGGUCUCAUGGGCAGCGGUAAGGUUCAGCUGGAAGAGUUUGUCACCGCUAAGAGACUGACCUUUUGAGGGGGGAUGCGGAUGCUGUUUAAUCUGUGGCGUGUUCUGAGGAGAGCAGAUUUUAUUGACAGGGUGAUGGAGUACAAUCCAAAUAGUUUUUUUGAAGGUUGGAUGAGGCAGAUGGUCCUAAAUGUGAAAAUGGGAUCUCUCUCUGUCAGAGACUGUCCUAUUUAGAGCUGGCAUGAAUAAUGUAUGAUCCAUACACAAGAGUUUGACGCUGAGUAUAAGUGUCCACAUACAAAGGUCUUCAGAGGUUGGUAUGUGAAAGGUCUUCUCUACAUACCAAAGUAUCUGUUAAUUGUAUUUGACCUGGUUUUAAUCUCCAGCUGCAAUCAGCUGUUGUGGAAUUUUCUGCAAAGUUAGUCCGCAGCUACUUUAAAUCUUUUUAACAUGAAACGCCUUCGAGCUUACACUUACACUUCCUCUUUUGCAAGGUAUAUGUUUAUAGAUUAUUUUGUGUGUAUUGGGUGAUCUUUUUGGCUCUUUUCUGUAACUAUUUGUCCAAACGUAGCAGCAUAGGUUUAGAUGUGAUCUUGGUGGACCUGAGAGCCUUGUAGCUACUUUAAAGCUAGCGCCUUCGUGCCUUUUUUUUUUUUCUUUUUAGGAAAUGGAUCCCUUAUUGUUAGUGUCAUUGCACAAGCAUUGUGGAAAUACUUAUCAGCAUAAAUACUGUAUGUGGGUUUUUACUGUAGUUUGAUCACAGACACUGGUGUCAAAGUUAUAACGGUGAAUAUUCAUUAUUCUUACCUAUUUACUCUUAUCACUGUAAACACUACUUUUCCUCUUUGUCACCAUUUUGUUCAGCUGUUUUUGCACAAUAUGAUGAAUGAAGCCUCGCACAUGAUAAACCUAACAAUCAUCACGUUUUUAUCACUACCUAGUUAGCUUCUUCACUAUAAACGGCGUAGACAUUAUCGACACGUUCAUGUCUCAUAGUGACUCACAAAAAGCGUUCACCUUUUACACCUAAGUCCUUGAGUAGUUACUUGGAUUUUAAAGCCUCUCACUGUUUGCACAGCACUGAAUGUGACUCCAACACCAUAAAAACCAUCCGGGUACCAAAACAGCAGGUACUUGGAGUCAGUUCGACAGCUGCAAAGUCACUCAUAGCCAAAUCGUGUUGGUUCUGGUGCUGACUUAAGUGCAACACACCACUCUGUGGCCUCACAGCCUUUACACACAGUUUAAGAACAAAACGGUUAUUCAGGUUCUUACAAAAAGUGCUAUCACAAAACACACUUUGCUAUCAAAUUCACUGUUUACUUGCAGUGCAGACACAUGACGUGUAGCAUUUUAGUAUGUCACUGCCGAGUAUGGCUGUCAGACAGAUCACCUAAGUGGUUGAUUGGCUUUGAUUAAAUCAGCUCAGAUAUUCAAGUCUAAGAGAGCGCACUAGACAGACUGUUUGCCGAGCGAACACACCUGUUUUUUUGUAUUGACAUAUACUGGUUAUGUGCCUGCACAUGUUUGUACAUUCAUGUAUAUUUUGAUUUCUGGAGGGUUAGGGUAAUUGGUGUGUGUGUUUUCUCAGGUUUCUGGCCCUGAUUGGGGCCCAAAUGCUACCUACCUCUAUCCGUCAGGCCUGGAAAACCUUAACUACUGUACCUUUCCUCACAGAAACAAGUUUGGUUUGAUUUGCAGCUUUGUCCUCUACAGUGCGUUUGAUAUCCGCCUUCUUUUUAAUGUCAGAUAAUAAGCUGAUCUUUCAAACUGUUUGAUUUAACUUCCAUGUACAUAUUAAUCCAGAGUAUAUUAUUUUUAGUGAAAUAAAGUACAUCUUAACGUUUAUGUUACAAGUUGGUGUUUGCUUGUGGACUUGAAAGACGUGUAUCAAUUUUGGUGGAAAUUACUGUAAGCAGAUGUUAAACCUGUUCGGCUGCCUUUGUCAAGGGAGUGUUUUUCAAAUGGUACUAACAACCUUUUCUUCCUCCUCUUUGUGGUGUUGGUUUGAUUAGUCAGUUUAAAUGUUUUGGUUAUAUAGUGUGCAACACAUUAUGGGUUUUUUGUUUUGGGUUAAACAUUUAAAAAUUCAUGCUCUUACAUGUAGCUAAUCAGAAACAUUUUCCAGUUUAAAAAACAAAAUAUUGGAUUUCUGUGACUGUAAAUAUUUUUGUCCCACAGUUGUUGCUCUCAUUUAUUUCACUCCAAUCGUCAGAUUUCACAGUCUUGAACCCUGAUUCCUGUAUUUUAAAAUUGACUGUUUCAACAUCUUUAAAACACGUCUAUGCAUUUAAAAAAAAUUGGCAGGGUUCACAUUUUUAUUUCCAUCACAGAAUGUAUUCCUGUUUACUGCAACUGAAUGUUUAUUGGCUUUCAAUGGGUUUGUUCCACUCGGGGGUCACAGCACAGUUGUUUGUAGUUAUAGAAAUAUGACAAAAGGCUUGUCAUCUUAACAGCUCAUCUGAUUUUCAAGUUUAAAUGCUUCCUAGCCUGCUUUUCAGUAACAAAUUUAGAACCAAAUAUUUAGCAGGCUGGCUCUCAAUCUAUUUUCAAGCUAGCACUUUAAAAAUCUGUAGCAUGUCAGCAACUGUUUGGCUCUGCAGGUGUGUAUCAUAAAUGUGUGUGUGCAAUAUUAUUAAGCAGGCUGUAGAAAAUCGUUUAGACAGACGAAAGCCUAUCAAGACAAUUUGCACUGUAAUUAGUUUAUAGUUUACUUUGUGGUUUGAAAUGGGCUCAAAGUGGAGUUUAAACACUACUUGAUAUGUAAUUUUUUUUUCUCAGUAAAACUCAAAUUUUCUGAACUCUAAAUUAGCGACAGUGCAUUUGUCCUCAUGUGGUUUCUCCAGAGGAUUUGGAUGUGGUGUGUAAGUGGUGGGUUUCUGUAUGUGUAGUAUGUAAAGAUGUGGAAAUAUUGUUCUUUGCUCAGAUUCCUGGAAAUGCUACACUUUUUAAUUUGCUGUGUGGGGAUUCCAUCAAAUAAAACUAGUGUGUUUUUAAAUCUA